AUGGCUGCAAGUGUGGUGCUGGCCUAUCUGUCAGCGCCCCAGAUGUGGGAAAUUGUGGGAAGUUUAGAAGCAAGUCACAUAGAUGAGCAGACCUGGGCAUUUCACGUCUCCCACAACUUUGAAAAAGGGCCAUAUUCAAAGAGCAUGCUUCAGCCGCCUCCAGGCAUUGCAGUGUGUUUGGUCCUCGGGUAUGGUACUAGUAUUCCCAACUGGCUGUUUGGAUAUUCUUUUGAAGGCUGUGGGCCAAAGAUGGCCAGAGGUUUCGCUGUUUUGACAUGGCAACCAGCUGAGGUCACUUUUCGUGCCUACACGGUCGACACUGAAGCGUUGAUGAAGGAGUACGAGACCAAGAUGGACAAGUCAGUGGGCAUGUUGGAUGACAGCCUCAGAACCAUCCGGGCAGGAAAGGCAACACCCCAGCUGCUGGACUCUAUCAAGGUGAACGCCUAUGAGUCGCAAUUGAAGCUGGAGGAAGUUGCCACCAUCAGUGUCUCGGAUGCGACCACAUUGAUGGUCAACGUCUUCGACGAGACUGUGGUGGAUGCCGUGUUGAAGGCGGUUCAAACAGCCGAUUUGGGCUUCACCGCUUCACAGAAUGGCCAGUCCGUCAAGGUGAGCAUUCCUCCUUUGACCAAAGACAAGCGAGUCCAGUAUGUCAAAUUGGCCAAGGACUACUGUGAGAAAACCAAGGUGGCGGUUCGAAAUGUCCGGCAAGCGGCCAUGAAGAAGAUCAAAGGUCUGAAAUCUGACCUGUCAGAGGAUGUCGCUAGAGGGAUGGAGAAAGAUAUCGAGGCAAUGGUGAAGAAGAUGAAUGGAGAUAUUGAUUCGGCCUUCAAGAACAAAGAGUCUGAGCUGAGCUCUGUCUGA